CCNCUCUCUCUCUCUCUCUCUGAAUGUGAGCAGCUUGCCUCCAGAAGCUGGAAUAGAAACUACAGACUGUGAGUGAUUGAAGUCACUACCACACCCUCCCCUCCCAUGGCUGCUGCAGCUUCCCAUUUGAAGUUCCUUCUCACCCCUCUAACGCUUACACUUGCGUUGCUCCUCCUUCCUUGUGCCUUCUCCCACUCUCUAUCCCUCAAGGCACAAGCUUCUCUUCUGGUUUCCAUCAAACAGUGUUUCGAUCAACCCACUCCCUUGCUCCUGGACUGGAAUGCUUCAAAUUACUCUUCCCUCUGCUCUUGGACUGGAAUUCAAUGCGACCACAUGAACACAUCACUAGUGUCGCUGGACAUUUCCAAUUCCAACCUCUCCGGGACCUUCCCCCCUCUAAUUCACAACCUAACCAACCUUCGCUGUCUCAACAUCUCCAACAAUCAGCUCCGCGGACAACUCCACUGGGACUACUCUCAACUCAAACUGCUGCAGGUAUUUGAUGCUUACAAUAACAACUUCAAUGGGUCGCUCCCUACGGCCGUCCCUCAACUUCCCAGUUUAAAGCAUUUAAAUCUUGGCGGAAAUUUCUUUAGCGGUGGAAUCCCCCGAAGCUAUGGUGCGAUGGGGAAGCUCACUUACCUGUCGCUUGGCGGCAAUGACCUGGGCGGUCCCAUUCCCACUGAGCUCGGCAAUCUAACCAACCUACAGCGGCUUUAUUUGGGAUACUUCAAUGAGUUUGAGGGUGGAAUACCCUCUGAACUCGGAAAGCUUGUGAAUUUGAAUCAUCUCGACCUUGCCAGUUGUAGUUUACGGGGUCCAAUCCCACCCGAGUUGGGGAACCUCAACAAGUUAGACACUCUGUUCUUGCAGACAAAUCAGCUCACUGGUUCUAUUCCUCCUCAGUUGGGCAACUUGAGCAGCUUGGUUUCGCUUGACCUCUCCAACAACGAACUAACUGGAGAGGUCCCCCUUGAAUUUGCAAACCUCCGCCAGCUUUUGCUCUUGAACUUAUUCAUCAACAAGUUUCAUGGAGAGAUUCCUGAGGCUCUAGCCGAUCUUCCCAAGUUGGAGGUUCUGAAGGUGUGGCAAAAUAACUUCACUGGAGCCAUUCCAUCAAAGCUUGGUGAGAAUGGGAGACUGACGGAGCUUGACUUGUCCACCAACAAGCUCACAGGACUGGUCCCGGAGCGUCUGUGCUUGGGAGGAAGGCUAAAGAUCUUGAUUUUACUGAACAAUUUUCUGUUUGGGCCUCUGCCACGUGAUCUAGGACGAUGCCAGACGCUUGUGAGAGUUCGGAUGGGCCAGAAUUAUUUGACGGGGCCAAUCCCAGAGGGGCUGCUUUACUUGCCACAGCUCUCCCUCGUGGAAUUGCAGAACAACUACCUGAGUGGACCCCUUCCACAAGAUAUGCGAAUGCGUCCACUCCCAUCUAAACUCGCCCAGCUAAACCUUGCCAACAAUCGUUUUUCUGGAUCCCUUCCCACCUCCAUCGGAAACUUCACAAACUUGCAGAUUCUGCUUCUGCCUGGAAACCGUUUCUCCGGGGACAUUCCUUCUGAAAUAGGCAAACUGCGAAAUCUUCUCAAGCUAGACAUGAACAGCAACAACUUCUCCGGUACAAUCCCACCUGAACUGGGUGCUUGUGUCUCCCUCACUUACCUGGAUUUGAGCCUUAAUCACCUAACCUCUCCAAUCCCAGUUCAAAUCUCACAGAUUCGCAUCUUGAAUUAUCUGAACCUGUCUUGGAACCAUCUGAACCAGAGCCUUCCGAAGGAAAUUGGGUCCAUAAAGAGCUUGACUUGUGCGGACUUUUCCCACAAUGACUUGUCUGGUCCUAUUCCCGAAACUGGUCAGUUUCUACUCUUCAAUUCCACAUCCUUCGAGGGCAACCCUCAACUGUGUGGAUCCGCGUUGAAUCCCUGCAACGUGUCAACCUCUAAGUCUCAAACCUCAACGCCCGCCAAUUCCCAAACUGUUGGGAAAUAUAAGCUUGUGUUUGCUUUGGGACUGUUGAUGUGUUCAGUAAUAUUUGCAGCUCUGGCAAUUAUUCAGACAAGGAAGGCCAAGAAGAAAUCAAGUUCGUGGAAGCUAGCAGCAUUCCAGAAGCUGGAAUUUGGAAGCAAGGACAUCAUAGAGUGCGUAAAAGAGAACAACAUAAUUGGAAAAGGUGGAGCUGGAAUUGUGUACAAAGGAGUCAUGCCAAGUGGAGAACAAGUAGCCAUAAAAAAACUGUUGGCCAUAAACAAGGGAUCCUCCCAUGACAACGGUCUGUCGGCGGAGAUACAGACGCUGGGCAAAAUCCGUCAUAGGAACAUCGUGAGAUUGCUUGCAUUUUGCUCCAAUAAGCAGACCAAUCUGCUGGUUUACGAGUACAUGCCCAAUGGAAGUUUAGGAGAAGUUCUCCAUGAAAAGAGGGGUGGUUGCCUGAAAUGGGGAACCAGGCUGAAGAUAGCUAUAGAAGCGGCCAAAGGGCUUUGCUAUUUGCACCAUGAUUGUUCCCCCCUAAUAAUUCAUAGAGACGUCAAGUCCAACAACAUUCUGCUCAACUCAGAUUACGAGGCUCAUGUAGCGGACUUCGGGUUGGCCAAGUUCUUGCAAGACAACGGAACAUCGGAGUGCAUGUCUGUCAUAGCCGGUUCUUACGGGUAUAUUGCUCCAGAAUAUGCAUACACGUUAAAAGUGGAUGAAAAAAGUGAUGUUUAUAGUUUCGGCGUAGUGUUGCUGGAGCUUAUAACAGGACGAAAGCCCGUGGGCAAUUUCGGGGAAGAUGGUUUGGACAUCGUCCAAUGGACUAAGAUCCAAACCAACUCUACUAAAGAAGGAGUUGUUCAGAUAUUGGAUCAAAGGUUGAGUAACAUACCUAUAGAUGAAGCAAAGCAGAUGUUUUUUGUUGCUAUGUUAUGCGUCCAAGAGCAUAGCGUGGAGCGGCCAACAAUGAGAGAAGUGCUUCAAAUGCUUGCACAAGCCCACCAACCAAAUACCUUCCACAUGCAUUGACCUCAACUAUUUGCCUAUACUCAAAUAUCAACGCCAUAGCCAACGAUAGAUUGAAGAUUCAGUAAAAUUCUACAUGAGCUGCAAUCUUAGCCUCUAGUUCACCGGUUAUAUGAUGCUAAAUGGGGUUGUUGUGAUCGAAGAUGGCAUGCCGAUGAAAGUUUGUCCUUUUCUUUUUCUCUUGUUCUUUUUCCACAUUUCAUUUUCGGUUAUAUAUAAAUAUGUGUGUGUGUGUGUGUGUCAAAGUGGUGAUGAUUGUGGGAGCGGUUGACAUGAAGCUUUGUUUCACUAUGCGAGGCACUGCAUGCUGCCUCACUUCAAUGUAGCAAACAGCAUUUCAUGGCAAUAAAACAAAACACAGCCAAUCAAGAGCUACCCAACAAGCAAACGUCAAAGAAGAAUUGAAGAGUGACUUCAAACAAUCAAAAUGAUCUAAACAAUAACGACAAGAAAAUAAUGCUGAUCAGCACAUCAAAACAAGAACGGAUGUCUGUGUUGGGUUCAAGAUAAGUGUGUUCUUCAAUAGAUGCAACGAACCAACUACUAUAACUUGUAAUGAGUAAACUGUGUUGGGUUCAAGAUAGGUGGGUUCAAGACCGUUGCAUCAAUUUCUUUUUCAAGCGGGCUUUGUUAAAUUGUCGCUGCCUUGUGGGUACCUUUCCGGUUGAUCAGAUCUUAAAGUCGAAUCAAUUUUCUCUACAAA